AUGGACGCCCAGGGCGCCCUCGACUCGCUUCUUGGCCGCCUCACCGCCAUCCUCGUCCACGAGGCGAAGCUGCUCGGCGGACUCCAUGGCGACGUGGAGUUCAUCAAGGAAGAGAUGGAGUGCAUGAGCAGUGUGCUUCUUCACCUCACCGAGGCUAACCACCUCGACCGCCAUGUCCGCGCUUGGAUGAAGCAAGUCGUCGGCCUCGCCCGCAACUGCGAGGGCAACGUCGAGCUCUACAUCCACAGCGUCACAGACGCUGGCCACCACGCCAGUGGCCCCCUCGGCUAUUUGCAGUGUGUCAUCCGGUAUGUGCGCACCAUCCCGGAGCGGCACCGGAUUGCGACACGGAUUCAGGAGCUCAAGGUCAGGGCCCAAGAUGUGGGCCACAGGCAGCUGAGGUACGGUAUCACCGUGCCACCGGCUGCUGACCAGGAGGACGUGAUAUUCAUGGACGAUGACGUCCAAGCGCCCCAUGGACCGGAAGCAGAGGAGGAAGAUGCUCGGAGGCGCGCUCUUCUUGUCAACUGUUCUUCGCAGGAGGACAAAGAGGCUUAUGAACAGAAAAUCAUCGAUGAUACAAUCAAGUCCAUGCUGCUGUCUGAGGAGGAACCUGUUGAUGAGCUAGCAAGUGGGGAAUCACACCCGAGGAUAUUCCUGAUGACCUUGAGUACACACACUCGACUUGAGAAAGUGGAUCGUGAUUUCACAAAUCUUAUUGCAUGGAAACUUCAUAAGCGGGAAAUGAGCUCAUUUAGUUGCAAAGCCUUGGUCGAGGUCGGCAGAUUCGAUUUUAGACCUUUGGUCCUGUUAUUGCGGGAAAUACUGGACCAAGUGGCUAAACAAGAUCUGCCCAGGAUGGAAACGGAGCAGAGUACGGAAACAUCCCAGGGUGAUGAUGAUGAGAAGGCCGUGCAACUCACCAAGACCCUUGAGGGGCAUCUAAGAGGUAAACGGUUCUUGAUCAUUUUUCAAGUUCUCAAUCAUCGUCCUUACAUGAAGGAAGCCUGGAAUAGGAUAUGGUCUGCUGUGUUAGAUGCUACUGCUCAUGGCUCUCCUGGUAGCGCUAUAGUCAUUGCCACAAAUUGUGCUGAUUUAGUGGAGUCCCCCUAUAAAAUCCUCAUACCACAAAGUCUAUAUGGUGCUUUCUUCAGUAAAACCAUGGAGCUUGCUAGCUGUUUUGAAGAUUCUGUAGAUUGUAUACCAGAUAUUUUAAAAUUAUGUCACCCUGAUGUCUUUGCAAUGAAGAUGUUCCAACAUCUUGUGUAUGUUAACCCUGGAAGAGGUAAAACACAGUUACUCCACUUUGCAAAAACCUUAGAGGAUUGCCGGAAUGCAAACAAAAGUGUGGGAAAGCAAAUGGUGAAGAUCUCCUACAAUGACCUGCCUGCCAUGUACAGGAGCUGCUUGUUGUACAGGAGAACAACCAUGUGUAGAAGAUGGAUAGCUGAAGGGCUGAUAACCUCAAGGGAGAAUCGUGCAGAAGAUGAAGCAGAUUCCUGUUUUGAUGCACUCCUCUCAAGGGCUCUCAUUCAACCUGUGGACAUCAGUGACAUGGGCAAGAUCAAGACGUUUACAUUGUAUCGUGUUGUUCGUGAAGUCAUCACCAGGAUUGCUAGAGAUGUUAACUUUGUGGACACGGACCUACCACCCGAUUUGGCUCGCCACCUUCCUGUUCACAGUAGAACUGGGGUGCAAACAUCUCAUCCCGAUCAUUCCGUGAAAGCAGCUGAUGGCAAUGGCAUUGUAGCAUUUCUUCCAGAUUUGGCAAAGUCAUCUCAGUGGCAGCUAAUGAAGAUGCUGGAUCUAGAAGGUUGCAGAGGCUUAAAGAAGCAACAUUUGAAGAGCAUUUGUAAAAUAAUAUUGCUGAAGUACUUGAGCCUCAGGAACACAGAUAUCACUGAACUACCCAAGCAGAUCGAGAAGUUGCAGUGUCUGGAGACCUUGGACAUCCGGCAAACAGUUGUACAGUCAUUCGCCACUAAAUCGAUCAUGCUUCCAAUGCUAAAGCAUCUGCUUUCUGGCCCGAAAGGAUCUCCAAGCAACACCUCCGGUGGGUCUCAGGAUUUGUUUAUGGCAGUGCGCCUUCCUAGAGACAUCAAUAUAAUGGAAAAAUUGGAGACACUAUCCAAUGUUGAAGUUUCCGACCGUGUUAAUGAUUUAACUGAUGUUGGUCAUCUAUUACGGCUAAGGAAACUGGGUGUGAUUCUUCCUGCUGAGAAAGGUAGCUUGGGUCUUUUGUUCCAGCAGAUUGAAAAAUUACACGGCUGCCUCCGCUCCUUGUCAAUCCAGGUCAAGAAACCAGCCAAAGCCGAGGAUACUCUUCCGUUAGCUUUACCUCCAAAACUUCUUCAGAGCCUGAACAUUAGUGGCAUUAGAACUGGGCUCUUCUUCUGGGUUGCAGAGCUUGAUCAACUUACCAAGUUAACAUUGAGCGAGACCUACCUGGGGGAAGAUUAUAUACACAUCCUUGGCAAGCUUGUGGCUCUGCGUUGCCCCAGGCUUCGGCGCAAUACGUAUGCCGGAAGCGGGCUCACAUUCAAUGAUGGAGAGUUCAAGAGCCUCAAGUCAUUAGUUGUCUAUGACGACGCCAUCACCAACAUUACCUUCGACAUAGGAGCGGCUCCAAGGAUCAAGACGAUUGUCUGGUCCUUCGCGAAAAUGGAGUCUAUUUCUGGAGUCCUCUGCCUUCCCAAGUUGAUGAAGCUCGAGCUCAAUGGUGACUGCAACCCUGAUCCAGUGAGACAAGAACUUGAAGAGCACCCCAACAGUGUUGAUUUCAAGCACAAGCCAGGCCAUGGACACCAAGAAGACGGGGCUACUGUUGCAGCCUCCACCUCCAUGAGCAAGUGA